AUGCCGUCGAUAACAGCAGUUUUGGAUACGGGAAGCAGCGAUCUCAUCAUCCCAAGGACUGGCAGUCGUAUAUGCCAGGACCAGCAACAACAAUGCUCCGGCACUCCUUUCGUCACUGGCUCCUUCGACACGGACAAGGACAGCAGUCUGAAAGACGUUGGCAUUGAACUAAACACCGAUUUCGCUAACGGUGCUGCGUUCCGAGGGCGAUUCAUUUCUACCGCAUUGAAACUCGGGAAGCAGAUCAUAUCUAAUGCGCAGCUGGGAGUUAUCGAACAAGGUUCCCUACCAGCCGAAACUCCACUGUUCCCCAUCUUAGGUAUCGGACCUGUUGAGAAUGAAGUCAUCCGGUCGACUUAUCAGAACGCGCCCGCCAAACUCAAAGAUGCUGGUGUGACCGCCGCCAACGUAUAUGGUGUCUACAUGAAUGACUUCCGUGAGUCGCGGUAA